UCCCAUAACAGGCCUAGCCCAAAAGCGAAUUUGGGCCAGCCCUGUCCAUGACCGAAGUUACCCUCUCACUCUCAGACUUUCCCUCUCUCCCUGAACGCCCCAACCAGAAUGGCUUCCACACUCUGCAACUCUAAUGUCAUUCCCUCCAUUUCGUCUUUCUGCACCGUCCAGAAGGCUCUUCGUGCUCCAGCCUCAACCUUCUUCUUCUCCUCCUUUAGAUUGAGACCCUCUUUUGCAACAAUCAAUACUAUUGGAUUCACCAGUUUGCGAAUAUCUCAUGGAGCAGCGGCGACACCCAAGUUGCGAGCCUUAAAGGACGAUGAUGUCUUUCAAUUUGAAGUAACUCCGGAAGAAGAAUCAGAAAAUGCGACCAUUGCUUCUCAAUCUCAAGACAACUAUGCGGCUAAUAAAUCUCACACUGAAACAACUAUUGACUUAAAGCUUCCUAGGAGAAGUUUGAUGGUACACUUCACUUGCGACGUUUGUGGUGAAAGAACAAAGCGCCUCAUAAAUCGUUUAGCCUAUGAACGGGGGACUGUUUUUGUUCAGUGUGCAGGGUGUCUUCAGCAUCACAAGUUAGUUGACAACCUUGGCCUUGUGCUUGAGUAUGAUUUGAGGGAGGAUAUGGAGAAAGAUGCGAAUGAAGAUCAAUUGUGACACUGAAAAUAUUUUCAGCAUAUUUUAUGCGAUUCUUAUAAUGGUUUCUUCCUCUGGAAUUUUCGACUAUUCAGCAAUGGCGGUAUAGUUGAAAAUGGUCAGUUGAUAUGGCUGAUACAGUUCAGAUUGGCAAGUCCCCAGAGUCUGCCAGUUUAGAGUGAAAACUAAAUUUCCAAUCAACCAGCUGUGUUUCUCGACUCAAGCUCCAGCUGGGAGCACUUUGAAGAGUUAACUGUUGGUUAGUUGCAAUGGUGCCCCAGCCCCGGGUGAAGUGUUAAGAUUAUUCAGAUUUGAAUUUUUUGGUGUAUAUUACUGCUGUGAGUGAUAUAUUAGAUUGCACUGCUUUCUAAUAUUAAUAAUUCGUUAGAAUGAAUAAAACAGCAUUCCUCAAUCAA